UUUAACAUAACCAUGAUAGUAUCGUCAAAUUCCAUUCCAUGAUUGGGGAAAUAUAACUAAAACUAAUUUAUUUACGAGCCUAUUCACCAUAAUAAACUUAAGAGACAACUCUACCCCAAAAAGUUAAAGUAAACAUGACUUCUUACAUGAUGAAUGUUGAUGAAGGAUUAAAAUUGAACUUCACAGGAGAUAUUAGACGUACAUUAAAUGAUCUAUUGCAGAAUGAAUUAGUAUGGGAUGAUGAAGUCGAUUCUUGGAUGUUCAUGAGCUCAUCAAUACCAGUAUUUUCAAUUAUAAUUAUUUAUUUACUAUUUGUGUUGAAAGUUGGCCCAGAAAUGAUGAAAAAUCGAAAUCCAAUUAAUUUAAAGUACCCAAUGCUGCUAUAUAAUAUUAUUCAAAUUGCCUUUAAUGGUUACAUAGUUUCACUGCUUUUUACAACACCCGGAGCAAUCACUCAUCAUUUUAAUAAUUUAUGCCAUCCAAUACCAAGAAACUUAAACAAUUUUCUUUUGCUUGAGCUUAAUAAAGGAUCCUGGUAUUUCUUCAUAUCAAAGUUAAUGGAUCUCACUGAUACCGUGUUUUUUGUUCUGCGGAAGAAACAAUCACAAGUAUCAUUUCUGCAUAUUUAUCAUCAUUGUAACAUGGUAAUCACAUGUUGGGCAUACCUCAAAUUUAUAAAAGGAGAACAGUUGCUAUUAUGUGGUAUUUUAAAUGCAACAGUCCAUGUUAUUAUGUAUAGUUAUUACUUUUUAUCUGCACUAGGGCCUCAAAUACAAACAUUUUUAUGGUGGAAAAAAUAUUUAACUAGAAUACAAAUUACACAAUUUUUACUUUUAAUAGCAUACCAAACUUGUUUGUACGUAUUUGAUUGCAACUUUCCUAAGCUAUUUGUUAUGUAUAUUAUUGCCGAUGUUGCAAUUUUCUUAUACUUAUUUGUAAUGUUCUACCGAAAAACGUACAAUGAAAAUAAACGAAAAGAACGUAUCGAUUAAAAACUGUUCCUGAAAAUAAUUGAAUUAUUAUCAUUAAAUAUUUAAAUUAUGAUGGAUUUAUAAUACUGAUGGGCCAAAAUUGUUUAUUAAUAUAUAUAUUUUUCUAUUUUUUAUUUCAAAUACCUUUGAAACCCUGCUACUGUAUAUUAACUAGUGCCAUUACCAUUAGAUUUUCUUUGCAGUCAAUAUAUGUUGCCACAGAUGAA